AUGUCGUAUAUUUACGGUAAUUCUACUGUUAUUGACGAUUUAAAUGAUCGUUAUGACGGGAAAAGUGACAAGAAAUACAAUGGACACAAGAAUUCGGCAAAUGAAUCUCAACUGGAGUCAAUUCGCCGAUCUCAUAGACGUAAACAUUCAUCUAAGAGUCGGUGUAAAGCGAAAACAAAAGUUUUUUCGAAUAUUAGUAACAGUAAUACUAAUAAUAAUAAUAAUAAUGAAGACUGCAAUGAUAAUAGUAAUUCUUCGGCGACAAAUAAACACAGACGUCAUAAAAAAACUAAAGCAAGUGCCAAUGAGACUGAUAAUUUAGUUAUUAAAUCAGAAUUAAAUCCGGAAAUAGGCUUGAUGGAGGAGCUGAGUGAAAAAGAAGCUAUGAUAGCAAAAUACAAAACUAAAUAUAGUAAAUUAGAAAAAAAUUACCAAGAAAUUAGUAAAGAAAAUUCAAAUCUUAAACUAUUGAUAGAAAAACGUGAUUCUGAAUACAAAGAAUUGCAUGCGCAUUACGAAGAAUUGAUAAAACAUGUACAGUCAUUGGAUCAGGAGAGAAUUAAUAAUCAAGUUGGAAUUAAAAAAGUUGUCGCUGAAAAUUCCCAACUGCAUGAAGAUGUGGGUUUGCUGAAAAUUUUAAUUUACCGGCUCAACGUUGAGCUCCAGAGGUAUCAAGAUAAAUUGCGGCUGCUGAAUGUCAGGAGUGAUGAACCAAAGUCCGAUGCUACUGCGGAUCCAGCUACGGAGAAUAAGAAAGUGUCUGAGGCGUGGGGUCAUGUCAAUACUCACGCGCUGGCUCCGCUGUUGGAAGCUUACCAAGAGCAUCUUGAAGAGAAAGAUGAACUUAUCAGGCAAUUUAGAAGGGAGAUGGACGAUUUCGGGGGAAAAUGUAAAGAACUUGUCGCAGAAAAUGAUGAAUUGCGCAGGGAUUUAGAUUUUUAUAAAUUACAGACGGAAAAAUUAACAGAAGAAAUGAAAACAGUCACUGAAGAUAUAGCUCUUGUUAAAGAAGAAAAUGAUAUUUUAUCAAAACAAGCAUCGUUGCAUAAACAGAAACUCCAUGAGAUUCAUUCGAUUUAUGAAAAAAAAGUUGAGUCAAUGUCACGUGAUAAUAAUAAAUUGCACAGUGACUAUGUCAGUUGCAAGACUGAGCUAAGUAAUCUUCAAGGUAAAUAUGAAAUCUUAAGUGAUGGGUAUGAGAAAUUGAAAAAGAAUUCAGAAAAAACGAUGCCCGUAUCUGUUCACUCGGACGCGAUUGAAGAGUGCAAAAAGUUGUUUGAGGAAUUAAAAACUCAGUAUGAGACAGAGAAACGAAAACUGCUUAGUCAAUUGAAGAGGUUUGAAGAAUCGAAUCCAGAAAAUGAGAAACUGAUUGCCGCGCUGACUGCUGAGCGAGAUCAUUUGAAAUAUUUGACCAAAAACCUCGAGAAAAGUCUCAAACGGACACAGAACAAGUUGGAGUCGUUGCAAAAUGCUUUGUGCUCUAUCCAAGUAUCCAGAGAUUCUUUUAAGAGACAAUUAUCAAAGAUUACAUCUUACUGCGAGGAACUGGUUACUACGCAAGAAAAAUUACAAGCAGAAAAAGAUGAACUUUUGACUCUUUUAUGUACUAAAGAGAAAGAAAGUGAAAAUAUUCAGUAUCUUGGCAAUAAUAUUACGCAUCGGAUGGGGGUUUUGAAAGAUCAAUUGAAGAGUGUUCAAAAAGGAGCUAAAGAGCAACUAGAAACCGUCGAAAAAAAUAUGAAAAUUCAAGAGCAAGGCGUUGGGCAGAUGAAAUCGGAUUAUCAUAAAGAAUUGCAGCGAUUGAAACAGCUUAUUAAGCAGAAAGAAGAUGUGAUUGGUAAGCUACAGAGAGAAAAAUAUGCUGCGCAAGAUCACUUAGAACUGGUUUGGAAAGCUGCUACUAAUGACGAUAAGAAGGUUAAGGAUGUGUUAAAAAACACAAAGAUUGUUGUUUGAGAUAAACCCAUGGGUCGUCCCGAUCUACCAACUAAAAUCAAAGUAAUUCCCUUUUUCUCAAUCACUCCUGAGAAUUUAAAAUUUAUAAAAUAUGUAACUGUUAUAAAACUGUUUAUCUAUUCAGU